CAUGUGCCUGCACACGCGCAUGUGCUUCCCUCUCCCCUCUCCCAACCACGACCGCUCCAACAUGUCCCCCCGUCCUCCACCACGACACGAUGGAGUCUGCGCACCUCACCAAAGCCCACGAACAUGUCCGCACCGCCGCCACCGCCACGUACGGCAACAGCAUCGCGACGGCGGGGCACGAACAUGACCUGGCCGCUGCCGCCUUCCACGACGCCGCCCAGGACACGCGCAACGAUGAGGCCCUGCGCAUCCUCGACCUCCUGCAAGACCACCACCGCAAGCUCGCCGGCCUGAUCAAGGAGGCCCCGCGCAAGAAGGACGCGAAGACCACCGCUGCCGGCCAGGCCUCAGAUGCCUCGACCACUGCGCUCCCCCCGAGGAGCACCACCGCCCGAAGCGUCUCGUCCCCGUCGUCCCCGCCCGCGCCCCGUCGCAGGCUCCCGCAGUCGUCCAUCGCCACCAACCUCGCCGAGAAGCGCGGCAUACCCAGCGUCAGACGCACCGCGAGCGGCACUCCCCCCACCCUGUCCGACGCAGCUGCCCUGCGACACGACCAGCCAACGCCAGUCAGAGACCUGCUCGACCGCCACGCCAAGCCAGCUCCGUCCCCGUCCAAGCCCUCCCCCAGGCAGCAAAAGGACACCUCCCCGGCAGAGGCAAACUUCCGCCGCUUCUACUCCGCCUUUGGGGGCGUCAUCUCCGCCAUUUCAGCGCCCCUCGCCUUCACCUCACUCCCCCUCAACAUCGCCCCUCCCACGCCCGUCCCCGAGCCCCCCAAAGACGAGCGGCCCUCGAAGACGAGAUCGCGCAACCCCUCCCCCGAGGCAUCCCGCACCGUAAAGUCGUCCGUCCCCGACCUCGCCGCCCUGAUCAGCAAGCCCGCCUUGCGCGCCCUCCGCGACGGCUCAUCGCAGAUCAACCCUUUUGCCAGCAACGAGUCCUUCUACCUCGUCCCCACCUCCGGCGCCACAGUCACCUACGCGAGCAUCCUGCAGAACCCGCAAGGACCGCACCUCCACGCCAUCGACGAAGCCUCGGACUCGCUAAAAGGCUCCUCGCACUCCCACGACGAGUUCGUCGAUGCCCGCGAGUCCAUCAACCCGCCCUCCCCGACCACAACGCGCCGUCCCCACUCCCGCAGCGGCCCCGGCGUAACAGCCCAACGCAACAUCCCCGCCGGCCGCGGCGCCGGUCUCAAAACACUGGAGGAACUCGCCCUUGAAAAUGAAACACUAAAGACGCUCGUCGACAAACAGGCCAAGCGCAUACAGAUGUGGGAGACCAACUCGCAGAACCAGUUCAACGCCCUAGCUCAGAGCUUCCGCACAAAAGCCGUGCCGCAUCCCUUGGGGAUGGGGACUCCAGGCAUGGCGUUGCCGUCUCCGCCCAUCCCAGGACAACACUACCAACACCAAUCUUCCCCCUCGACAGACGAGGACUCGAGCAAGAAAUUGGCCGACCUGGAAGCCGCUCUUGCUGCCCAGACAGCGAAACUGCACGACGUCAUGACGACGAAUGAUCAGCUGGCUAAGCAGAACGAGAAGAACGCCCAGGUUAUCGGUCGCUAUAGGGAGCAGUGGGAGAAACUCAAAGCUGGCGCGAGGAAGAAGGAGCAUGAGAGGAGGGAACGACGCGUGGCUGAUCUGAAAGGCGGCGAGACGGCAAAGGAUAGCGAGAGCGGGGAUGCCACGGGCGAGGCAGAGGGAGAUGUUGACGACGAUGACGAGGCCUUUGGGAAAGCCUGACCUCGACUCGGACACUACUAUCAUGGACAUAUCCCAAGCGUUUUGUUCAGCUGUGUAUUGUGUAUUCUUUACAAAAUAACUAAGAUGAUAUCUGACUCAAAACUCCAAAGACAACCCAAACCAAAUUCCCC